AUGGCUUUUGAAAAUGGAUCAUGUUUCUAUAACUUGGCAUUCAAUCAAAGUAAAUUGAUAGCAAGGGCUGCAAGGUUGGCAUUAAUAGCUGAAGAAGUGAAUUACCUUGAUGCAAUUCUAAUUGUGAAAAAGUAUUUGAAGGAAACCAUUGAGCAUUGGCUUGAUGGAACUUUUAAUGGAAAUGGAUUUCUCUAUGAUAAAAAAUGGGGAGGUAUUAUAACCAAACAAGGCUCUGCUGAUACCCAUGCAAAUUUUGGGUUUGGAGUUUAUAAUGAUCAUCAUUAUCAUUUAGGAUACUUUCUCUAUGGAAUUGUAGUGCUUGCAAAGAUUGAUCCAAUUUGGGGUGCAAAGUAUAAGCCUCAAGCCUAUUCACUCAUGGGCCCUUGCCCCUUGCUAGAUGUCUGA